UCUCAUAAUGUCUCAAAAAAGCAAGCGGGCAAAUUGUUUACAUUACACACAUACAACCCACCUUUAGCUAUAGACUACUAUAGCACUGCACUUAGAGCCACUCAUAAAAGAGAGAGUGGAAGCUAAGGAGGGGCACUUCUUUCCAACAACAAGUGCUUCUCCUACGUCUAAAGCUUUUCCCACUUUCGCUUGUUUUUUUUUUCCCCUUCUAUUUAAGGUGACCUUUAACUGGUAACAUUCUCUGUUUUCUCUUCAACAGUGAAUGCAUGAACUUGUUUGCUACUUAAUUUUCUCAGGCGCCUCUCUACUUGGAUCAUCUCUAAAAUUCUUUCCACAACUUUCUCACUAUCUAGAUAUGUUGGUGGAAGAGUUCAACAGUUUGAUACGCAUGUCUAUGCAGAUUAGAUUUGAUGGUCAAAUUGGUGGUCAUUUUUGUUGUUAAAUCUGGACCGUUAAAGGUCUGUGGUUGAGACUGAUACUCUGGGAAUCUUUGCUAAUGUUUCAAAGUCUUGGAAUCAUAUCCUUUAACUGCCCUUUCCCCAAGAUACCCCCUUUUUUUAUUGUGGUCAUAACUCCCUAAAAUUCCUCUUCUACCCUCACUUUGGAGGAAUUAUCUUAUUAUAUCCUUAGUUUCUAAUAAUUGUCAAGACACCCAAUCAUGUUGUAAUAAAUACAACCUACACUUUUCUUGUUGAGUAAUCCCUCCAGUUAAAAAGAGUGCCCACUUAACCUUACUUUUGGUUUAAAAAGAGUGGUUACUCAUCAAAUUAAGAAAGAAUUAAUCUUAUUUUUUCAAGCUUUGUUGGAAAUAAUAAUUUAAAGUCGUAGGAAACCAAACUUAUUAGAAUUUGAUAUUUUAAUACGUGUCCGGUUAGGAUUUAUAGGAAUAUGUUUUCAUGUUUUAAGUUAAAGUAAGUUUCUUACUAUGAUAAAUAGGGGUGAUACUAGCUAUUUUCAUAACAAGAGAGAAUAAGAGAGAUUGUGGAGAUUGUAGAGAGCGUUUAGAGAUUCAUAAAGUUUAUUAAUAAAAUAUUUUCCUUCAGAAUUGCCCUUAUUAAGUGUUAAGUGGUCAAAUCCCAACACCUAUUUAAUUAUGGAUAGUUUAGGUAAUUAAAUUUGGAAGACACUUAUUUAAUUUUAGUUCCUUUUAUUUAUUUCUUUAAUAAUUUGAGAAAAUUAGACUUUUGGGAGCUAUACUCUAUACUCCCUUCUUAGAAAGGGGGAUUAGUCAAACCGCAACCAAAUGUGACUAAUUGUUUAAUGCAUGAAUGAUUAGUUGUUUUAGUGUGUUAUUCCUUGUGCUGUUGUUUAGCACAAACUUGUUAAAUUCCAAAGUAUUACAUACAUUUAAAUACUUAGUUUUGCUAUUUCUCUUUGUCAAUCACUGUCUUGAUCCUCUGGUGCUAUUUAUAAGAUGGGAAAGAAAUGUUUAAUGAUCAGCUAGUUGCAAACUUUGUUUGUUUGAGUUGUUUUGCAAGAAAUUGUUUUUUUGAAGUUUUCUAGGAACUGAGUUUGAAAAUCUUUGAAAAAUUUAUUAAAAAAAAAUAAAAAAUUCAAGCGAACACUUUUUGGGGAAACACAAGAAUUAAGUUGCAUUGCGUAAGAUAAUUUUUGAAAAUUUUCAAACAAACGCCAAGUUUCUUGAGAUCUUAAGCAAUAGAGGACCUUCCAAUAAGAGACCUCACAUGCUAGUUUAAGAACAUUGUAUUCUACUAUGAGUAUUUUACGAGGACCUGGGAGUUAAAGUCCAGGCGCUUGCCCGUUUCAUCAUUAUUCUUGAAUCUGCUUUGCAUUAUAGAUUGACUUCAACAAGUUGGUAAUCAGAGCAGUGACAGAACUAUAAAUUUUGAACUGCAUGCAUUUUUUUAGGUAGAAGCUAACAAGGAAUGACUUUUAAUUACGGAUUCAUGUUACUUUCUCUUUGAUCUUACGAAUGCAUUUUGAGUUUUCCUUCAGAGUAUCUAGACUUGACAAUAUGCUACCAAAUACCAAUGCCACCAUCAUGUGGAGCAUGUCAAGAAAAAUUGAGUGAACGGGAUUGGCUACCUAGCUAGAAAAGUAAAGUGCUGGAUUAGUUUCCUAUCACUGUAUCAUGGGUGACUAGGCCAGUCAGCUGCUGUAGAACAAAUUUGGCUACUUUCGAUGUAAAGGAGAAAAGGGAAGUAUCCUUGUUGGCUACAGAAGUGUUGUUCAUAUGGCAAGGAGUUAUGGGCCUUAUUUUGAUCCUGAAUAUGAGACUUUAAGUAUCAGAAUAAAUCCUCCAAGGGUAUCUGUGGACAAUGCGAGUUACAAGGAUUGCACUCUAGUAAAGGUAGACAGUAUCAACAAACCUGGAAUACUGCUGGAAGUGGUGCAAAUCCUAACAGACCUUGAUCUUGUAAUUACCAAAGCCUACAUAUCCUCCGAUGGCGGGUGGUUCAUGGAUGUAUUUCAUGUUAUUGAUCAACAUGGCAACAAGGUUACAGACAGCAAUACCAUUGGUCACAUAGAAAAGGCUUUAGGACCUGAAGGUUACACAUCAGGGAUAUUGAAGACUCGGCCAGGUAGAAAGGCAGGAGUGAGCUCUGUGGGUGAUCACACCACCAUUGAGCUUAUAGGGAGGGAUCGUCCAGGUCUGCUAUCAGAAAUUUCUGCUGUUCUAGCCAAUCUUCAUUUUAAUGUUGCUGCUGCCGAAGUUUGGACUCAUAAUAGGCGCAUAGCAUGUGUCCUUUAUAUUAAUGACAACUGUUCAUCCCUUGAUGAGGAUGAGGAAUCCAGAUUGUGUGUCAUGGAAGAGCAACUCAAUAACAUUCUUCGUGGACGUGAGGAUGAUGAGAGUGGGGCAUAUGCUACUUUCUCAGUUGGUAGUACUCAUGUUGAUCGGCGGCUUCAUCAGAUGUUCUUUGCUGAUAGGGACUACGAAGGUGGUUGCCUCGAAAUGGAGAUAGAUCAAUACCCUCCUAACUCCAAACCAGAAGUCCGAAUUGAAAGCUGUGUCGAGAAAGGGUAUUCAGUGGUCAGUGUAAGUUGCAAGGAUAGACCAAAGCUUAUGUUUGACAUUGUAUGCACCCUCACAGACAUGCAGUAUGCUGUUUUCCAUGCCACUAUCUCAUCAGAUGGUCCCUCUGCAUCACAGGAAUAUUUUAUUCGCCACAUGGAUGGUUGCACUCUGGAAUCUGAAGAGGAGAAGGACAAGGUUGUGAAGUGUCUUGAAGCUGCGAUUCGGCGAAGGAUAAGUGAGGGUUUCAGCCUAGAGUUAUGUGCCAAGGACCGAGUUGGUCUACUUUCUGAAGUUACAAGAGUCCUACGAGAAAAUGGGCUAUCAGUUACUAGAGCUGGCGUCACAACUAUUGGAGAGAAAGCAAAGAAUUUCUUCUACGUAAGGGAUGCAUCUGGAAACCCUGUAGAGAUGAAGACGAUUGAAAGACUGCAUGAAGAAAUUGGUCAGACAAUGAAGCUUAACGUGAAGAAAGUCCCGACAUCUGCAAAGGUACCUGUAACCGGCGGUCUGGCUAAGACAAGCUUUUUCUUUGGAGGCUUACUGGAAAAGUUCCUAACUUAAUAGUUGAUCUUAAACAGAGAUGUAUCUACUUGUAUAGAAGAAUAAAACACUUUUAAGUCAAGUUUGUAAAUGUGGCAAGGUUUCCCUGUAAAAUACAUGUAGAUACAUUGGAUAGUUAUCCUUGUCAGGAUAAACAAAGGGAAAAGCGAAGCAGUCCCUCUCAGUCUCUUAUUCUAUGCUGAAGUCUGGAAGAUUAUCAGAUGACUGUGUAUUGUUCUUGCACAAUAAAUUGAAAGACAACAAUCUAUUCGAGA